CAAAGAGGAGAAAAGCAACGAGGACGUGGUGGGGGAAAAUAUUCUGAAAGCCAAAAGAGUUGGUAAGAAAGCAAAUAAUUGCGGCAUCCGACGCAUCUACGUGCUUGCUGAAGAACGAUGGCGUCUACCGAGGAGCAAGUUUGUCGCGCAAGAGAGGAGCGCGAGCUGCGACGACGACAACAACUGCAAGCCGCUCACAAGGUGCUGCACAACCAAGACGUCCAGCAGCUGAUUGGUCACCUGGAAGAACUUCCCCCUCAGCUGCAUGUGGGAAGCUCCAGUUUGGAGCAAGAUCAUCUACAGCACCCCCGCGUUAAAGAGGAAGAAGAAGAUACUGACGUCAGCAAGUUGCCACUGACUGUCAUCUCCGUGAAGACCGACGACAGCAAAGACGAACCACCCGAGUCAGUACAGCUUCAUCAUCGCAGUCAAAGUGAAGACCCCUGGGGAAGACCACCACCUGACAAACUCUUAGCACCGCUGUCAGACACUGACGACGCAGACGAUAUGAACGACGCAGACUGUGAAGGUGACAACAAACCAUUGAAAUGCUCCAAAAAGAAGACAGGUGGCAGCUGCUCAAUUUGUGGUAAAACAUUUGCCCAAAACGGACCUAUGAUAAGACACAUGAGAACACACACGGGAGAAAAACCCUUUACUUGCUCAGUUUGUGGGAAAGGAUUUACUAACAAGUCCGAUAUGGUUCGACACAUGAGAACACACACUGGAGAAAAACCUUUCAAUUGCUCACUGUGUGAGAAAAGGUUCACUCACAAGGAAAGUUUAGUAGCACACAUGAGAACACACACAGGAGAAAAACCCUUCAUUUGCUCAGUGUGUGGUAAAACAUUCACUCAAAAUUCAAGCAUGGUAGCACACAUGAGAAUACACACAGGAGAAAAACCCUAUAGUUGUUCAGUGUGUGGUAAAAGAUUCAUUCUCAAGCCAAACAUGGUUUCACACAUGAGAACACACUCGGGAGAAAAACCUUACAGUUGCUCGGUGUGUGAUAAAACAUUCUCUUUUAAGUCAUGCGUGGUAACGCACAUGAGAACGCACACAGGGGAAAAACCUUUUCGUUGCUCCUUGUGUGGUGAAAGAUAUGCUCAGAGGGCCAAUUUGACAGCACACAAGCGGAUACACAACACAGAGUAAACACUUCAAACAGGGUUCCUAUGCAAGUAUGGAAUUUGAUUUCAUAAACCUUUGGGUCCGGCACGGUGCAUGGCUGUUUAGCACAUCUGCCUCACAGUUCUGAGGACCAAGGUUCAAAUCUGGGCUCCCCUGUGUGGCGUUUGAAUGUUAUCACCUUGCCCGCGUGGGUUUUCUCUGGGUACUCCUUCCUCCCACAUUCCAAAAAAACAUGCAUGGUAGGUUAAUUGAAGACUAAAUUGCCCUUAGGUGUGAAUGUGAGUGUGAAUGGUUGUUUGUUCAUAUGUGCCCUGCGAUUGGCUGGCGACCAGUUGAGUGAGGGUGUACCCUGCCUCUUGCCCAGAGUCAGCUGAGAUUGGCGCCAGCACACCUGCAACCCUCAUGAGGAUAAGCGGUACGGAAAAUGGGCGGAUGGAUAAAACUUUCAGGUCUGGAAAAGUAUGCAAAAUGGAAACUAUUGUAUGGAAAAAAAUAUUCACGUUUCCAAGACUGUUACAACAGCUCUAUUUUCUUAAAUGAAAAAAGGAUAUGACUAUAACAUAAAUUGUACAUCGAUUUUUUAUUUAUUUAUUUUUAAGAUAACCUGGAAGCGCAGCUACAAUCUUUGUGUGAGAGCGCACAGUAUUAUAACAUGGUCUUGGGGAAUAGUCGAUUCUGAUCGGCAUUAUCAGUUGAUAAUGUACACCCUUUGAACGUCUCAAGUAGUUCUUGUCAAAACAUACAAUGUUCCAAAUUCAUGCGAACCACCCUUAGCCAUUUAUACAAGCAAACAUAGGAACCUGACACAGUCAGAUUUUCUGAUAAGUGAACGUGAAGUAGCCACUCUGGGGACAGAAAUGAGCGAAUUUAAAACAGUAAUGAGUGAUUUAAUUAUUUACUUUAUUUGUUGAUUACCAACCCCUUGAUGGGUGUAAUGCUGCUGAGGAACUGGGGGAAAAUGAAGCGACAGAAGCGGCAUAAAUAGUUAACUCCGUAAGAUUGAAAUCAACUCUCAGACAAGAAGGAUGAAAUCAAUGUGAAGAAAACAAGAAAAUAGGCGAUCAAAAUACUGAGAUUAAAAUACAAGUAUAACGAAUAUACAGUAUGUGUAAAAAUAAAACCUGAUUUUGUGAUCAUUCCUGUGGUUGUCGUUUAACAUUGUCAAACUAGAAUAUCUGGAGUACUGGAUUGGGUUUACGUUCCCUUAGAAAGUUAUGGGAUUAGAAUGACGUCAUAGUCACCGUGUUGCCAGGGAAAAUAACUUGUUUUAGUAUUUUCUAUUUUGACUACAAAUGAAUUGGUUGUUUCAUCAAUUAUUUUCGUUGGCAAGUGGUAUAAACGGGUUAAUGCCCUUCGAGGUGUACAAUUAUCGGGGGUUAAUGGAGUAUUUGGCGACAUAAUGACAUAAAAAGAAUUAGAAUGAUACGCAUCUAUUUAUUCAAAUGUCACAUUAUUAUUAUUAUUAUUUUUUCUAUACAGAGAAGUCUGAAAAAAGUAUGGAAUUUUGAAAUCUCAAAUGUGUAGGAACCCUGCUUAAAGUAAUGCUCUCCUCCUAGAUUACACCAUGUCUUGGUUUUAUUGAAUUGUGGCCGAAGACGUGUAAAUGUACUGUGCAGUACUCUACAAUUAAUUUUUGUCAUCUUCAUCUUACCGCAGAGCUUAUUCGUCAUUGUCAUCUUCACUGGUCAUGAUUUACUUGUGUUUCUGUUGUGUUUAGGGCUUCACUUCGUAAGUGUUGAGCUGCUGUCUGUGUGUGUAAAACUGUCAUUGUUCAAAUACUUUCAGAUCUUCAUAUUUGAAUGGCAGUUGGCAACUAGCGUUCGCGUGUGGCUCACUAUAUGGCUAAAACUAAGCCCCAAGAAGUUUCUCAAUAUUAAAAGAUGUACAUUUUCUCUUCAAGGUCACAUGCCAUCAAAUUUGUAUUUUACAUUUUUUAUAACCUUUUUAAUCAGAUUAAUCAGCAGGCCAAUCUAAUUGGUUGAUAUUAUCCCUUUUUUCCGGCAUUAAAUUGGACGAUUUUUAUUUAUUUGUUUGCUUUUUUUUGUUUUAUUUUUACACAUUAACACAUUACAAUAUAAAUAAAAAUAUCUGCAUUUUUUUGGGUGGGGGGAAUAUCACUUAUACGUCUUACGUUGUAAUGUGUUAAUGAGUGAUUUUUCUCUCCGAUGUAAAGUUAAAUACUAAAGGAAUUUUUUUCUAAAACCAAAUGCCAAACAUUCUGCCUGUAAUCCAUAUCUGUGUUGUUUUAAGAAUUAAGGGACACAAAAAUAAGUUAUUUUAUCUUUAUAUUUUUUUUAAAUCAAUCAACCAAUUAAUAGGUUAUUGGAAUUUUAUUCUGCAAAAUAUCAGAAUCGCCAUCGGCCUCAAAACAAUCCAUAUUGGUCGGACCCUAUUCCUGUUAUAAGGUUUGAAAGAUAAAUUGGGUUUGAAAUGGCCAGGAUGAUUGAGGCAACUGGUUAGCACAUCCGCCUCAUAAUUCUGAGGACCUGGGUUCAAAUUCAGCCAUACCUGUGUGUAGUUUGGUACUCCGGUUUCCUCCCAUAUCCCCAAAACAGUAGGUAGGUUAAUUGACGGCUCUAAAUUGCCCGUAGGUGUCAAUGGUUGUUUGUUUACAUGUGCCCUGCGGUUAGCUGACGACCAGGUCAGGGUGUACCCCGCCUCUGAAUGCCCAGGAUGCCCUUUUUCAAACUAUUCCAGUUGGUUAGAAACACCUGGCAGAUGAGACAGCUGGAUUUCUCAUUAACAGUAAAUCAGCUUUGCUCUGAUUGGAUUGCUGUUCGCCAUUUGAAUACAGUAUGUGAUAACAGCUUUUCUCUGAUUGGUCGUUGGCGAUAUCACAGCGUCUUGUGGCGGCCAAACGUUCAUAGCAAAGUCGAGUUGGGAUCCUUCGAUGUCACCUCUUACUCUCAUUGUGAACCACAAUUCACCAAGUCUUGGAUUGUUGGCCCACUAAUGGGGAAUGUGAACUGAAAUGACAGUUGGCCACUCACACCUGCACAUUGAGCAAUUACAUCUUUGGAGCCUUGAACGGCGAUCCUGUGUUUUGAGGCUGUAUAUACAGUAUAUUGUACUUUUAUUAAACCAUAAAAAGAUGGAGUUACAGAGAGAGGACGUGGGUGAAAUAAAAAAAAGAGCGUGGGGAUAUUUUAAAAGUCUCAGCUCGCCCCAUUCACUUGAAUGUACCCACGCUGUACUUAUAUGACUCGUGUACAUUUUGGCGACAAUGACUGGAAGCUUUGUUAGUGCAUCCACACUUAAAUAUUGAUUGCCGAGUGUACGUCACAACACCGCCAAAUUCAGAUCCAGUCGUUUUGCAAGCGGUUUUCCUUUCAAAGGCUAUUGCAUGCAAUCAACAAUCUGCGUAGAUGUCACACAUAAACCAUACAGACUCAUUAUGACCUACUGUAUGUUAUGCACGAAACGGUAGGAAAAAAUGUGAUUUUGAGGGCAUGGGUGUGUCUAGCCCAUUUUUGUGCAGCACCCCUAAAGUGACUAAAAGCACAAAAAAAAAAUUAUAAUUUGAGAGGGCUUUAGAAUUUUUGUAACAAGCUAGAAAAGUCUAAUAAUUUUUUUUUAAAUACAGUACUUGGGUAUAACCUUAUAUUUUAACAAGAAAAGGACAGCACUGUACACCCCCCUUGCCUCAAAAAUGAUCCACCCCAUCCCUCCACCUCUACUUGACUGUUCCGAGCGACGAACGCAAGCUGAGCAUAGCAAUACCCUUCAGUGAGUAGUCAUGUUGGUAUGUCUGCCUUUAAACCAGGCUAUAUGGCAUAUUUCUUAACUUCUACCACUCAAUACCAACACAUUAUCAUUACCAUGCGUUCUUUUUGCCGCAUUUAACCACAGGUCACUGUUUAUAUUGUUCGGUAGGAAUUAUCUGACGUUUAUUGUUCUAUCUAGGAAACGUUUCAGGCGGCCACACAGUACCACUGUCAUUUUUGAAUUGGAAUGCGUGAGCGCAUUAGGAAAUGUGAGUCGCAAGUCCUGCACUUUGAGUUUUUGAAUUUCAUGUCAAAUAGAUGCUAGCAAUGUGCUGAUCGAUUGAUAAAUAAAGUGAAUAAACAAAAGAAAAACGUACAAGAAUUAUUCUUGAGAACACCACACUGACUAAACCAGACUGUAAUGUACAGAAGCCCAGACAGCGCCAUAUAACUAUUUGCGUGAUGGCUCACAAAGCUAACUGCUAAUGCUAAUGAAACCAAGCAUACGUGACGUCCAGCUGCGCGGUUCCCGCAAUGCAAUGUGGACUUUUUUUUUUUUUGUGUGCAAUAAGUAACCUCCUUAUUGUUACGUUCAAUGUUGUUGUCGUUUCUGUGUAUGUUAGCAGUGAUUCUUGGAACGUAUACCUUAUUUUGCUGUCACAUUUAUUUUAUUUCAUUUGUUCAUUUAUGUUCUACUGUUGUUGUUUUUUUAAAUUGCACAUAUAACUAUAGAAAGAGAAAGCUACAAACAGGUGGUGCCUUGCUCAAAGUAGCAAGUCUUUUCAAAUCAAUGGGUUCAAGUCCAAGUGAAGUCACGAGCCAUUGCUGUUCAAGUCCAAGUCGAGUCUGAAGACAUAAAAUUCAUGACUCGACUCCAAGUGGUGACUCGAGUCCACACCUCUGGUGAUGUAUAUAUGAAAUAUGAAUUUUCCAAUUCGCAGUACCAGUACCGCUGCCCUUUUUUAGUGUAUUUGUGUGUGUUCGCGCACGCACCCAUCAUGGCAUACAUGUUUCAUAAGGCUUAAUAUUGUGUGUGCAUGUGUGUGUUGUUGAAGCGGUAAUAUGUGUCUCCGCACCCCCACCUCCCUUGAGACAUUUCUAUCCCAAUUUUGGGGGUACUGAUUUUUAAGCACCCCUUAAGUGAAUCCCAUCGCCCUUAAAUCUCUGAACCUUGAAUCGCCCCUGGCAUGGCACCUAUAAUACUGCUGACGAUUUGUACAGAUUUUAACCACUUAUGAUUCUUUUUUUCCCCCCACUCAUUAUCCAGACUAUCCAAUAGUGUACAAAUGUAACUAGCCCACCACUAUACUGAUGUGCUACCAUCCCAUAACUGUGUUUGUGUGCCUAGUGUUCCACCUUUUAAUACACCCACUGUACUUCUUUUCGUCCAGGACCCAGGGAAAUCUUCUUCUGCUUUAAAUAUUAUCCUUACUUUCUGUGUUUUCAUCGCUGUGGUGAACAAUUUAUUACAGCCACCAAAAACAAUUAAAAGCGCAUUUGUACCCACAA